GACAACUCCAGACAUGGUUAACGCCUCCAACUGCUCAGCAGUGACUUGCGACAGCUGGGACUGGGACAACUCCAGCUACUCCCUGGGGACUGAUGACGACCUGGACUGGUGCGAGGCUGGUGAGCAGGAGUUCACCAUCAAGAUGUUCCAGACGUGUGUCUUCUGCCUGAUCUUCCCGCUGGGCGUGGUGGGGAACUGCCUGGUGAUCGCCACCUUUGCCCUUUACCGUCGCCGCCGGCUUCGCUCCACGACCGACAUCUUCCUGUUCCACUUGGCGCUGGCUGACCUCCUGCUGCUCCUCACGCUCCCGCUACAGGCCGUCGACACUCACCUGGGCUGGAUCCUCCCCGUUUCUCUUUGCACGGUCAUGCGUGCAUGCUAUGCUAUCAACACGUACAGUGGGCUGCUGCUGCUGGCCUGCAUCAGCGUCGACCGCUACCUGGUGGUGGCUCGAGCCCAGGAGAUGCUGCGGCUGCGCAGUCAGAUCCUGACAGGAGGGACGGUAGCUGCUGUAGGUGUGUGGCUUGUUGCGGUGGUCCUCAGCCUGCCUGAAAUCCUCUUCUCUGGGGUGCUGGGGCAGGGCAUUGGUGCGUACUGCGGCGUGCUGAAGAGCGGACACGUCAAAAUGGCCACCAAUGGAGCCAUUAUCGCCGUCUUCUGCCUGUCCCUCUUCGUGAUGGUCACAUGCUACUCCUUGAUUGCCCGAACGCUGUGGGAAGGGCAGGCACACCGGCGGGGGAAGCAGUGGCACCGGCAGCGCACCUUGAAGCUGAUGGUGGCUCUGGUGCUGGUGUUCAUGGUGUUCCAGCUGCCGUACACUGUGGUGCUGUCACGUAAGAUGGCGGGGCACUUCUGUGGCCUCCUGCUGGAGUACAUCACCUGCACUUUGGCCUACACCCGCUGCUGCGUCAACCCCAUCCUGUACGCCCUGGUAGGCGUGCGUUUCCGUGGCGACGUGUCGAGGCUCAUCCACGAUUCGGGCUGCCACUGGGGGCUCAAGCUGGCGCCUCAGUCGGUGAGCUCGGUCUCCCCCUCCUCCCCUCUUCCCACCGUGCUCUCAGGCUCCUCUCCAACGGCCCCUUUUGAACGCAGCUUCUUCAGCAAGGCUCCAGUUCCUCCCGCCAGCCAGCUUUCAGGAACCAAGUAAUACCUUAGAGUGGACUGUAAACCCGCUGUCGGCUUUGGGUUGUUUAUGCUCCUGUCUUAUACACGACGCACCUUUGCAGGAGCGGCGGGUUUUCAAUGAAACGUUUCAAUAAUGAAUCUUAAUGAAAGCAAACUUCACAUGUCGGGUAAGAGUGCCAACCUGCAGACACCUGAGUGUCUACAGUCAGCUGCGAUUGGUGCGCGUCCUGACGUGAGCCGCUCAAAGCUGCUUUAAUUGUAUUAACGUUUUGCUCGAAGCGUUGGUGACACAUUGAAAUCUCACGAGUUGCUGUUGACACACUUCUUUUAUUACUCAAAAGGUCCUGAGUUGUCACACGCAGCUCCUGUCAUGACGCCAAUGCAGCAUUUGGUCACACUUGUGGUCAGGAGUUGUUUUUCAGCCGACAUGUGACAAAAGGCGGGCGGUCACAGUCACUGAUUUUCACCAGCCAGCAUUGCAGUAUUUUUAUUCUACAAAUCCCAUAACCUGCUUUCACUCUGUCGGCUUCACUGCUUGCUGUUAGACUCUACAUAUUAAAACCUUUCAGUCGCAGGUGGCCAAAUGAAAUAAAGUCUGACUGAAACGAUUUUCUUUUCCUCUGAGAAGCUGUCAUUCCGUCGUCUGCCUGUCACUCACGUCUGAGUUAUUAUGCACAGAUGUAUUUACUGUAUAUAUUUUUAGACAUGAACUUUGCUUUUCCAGGGUUUUAGACUUUGAACUGUCAGGUUAUGAACAACUUGUGCUCCACAGAGUCUCCGCCGGCUGUUUGCUGUGUUUCCACAGCUUCUGUUGGCUCUGUCUACAUCUUAAAUCAAUCAUAAUAGUGCUGUCACAUAUGAGCAUUCUAAUUAUUAACUAAUCUGAUGCUUAACUGACUAAUGGUUCAGUCAAUUAAAUGUCAGAAAAAAUGCUUGCAGCAAUUUUUCCAGAGUGCAAAGUGACGUCUUCAGGUUGAUCCUUUUGUUCAACCAACAGUCCAAAACCCAAAGACUCCUCCUUUACUGCCAAAAAUGACAAAGAAAAGCAACACAUCCUGAUGUUUGAGACGGUGGAACCUGAAAAUGUCUGACAUUUUUGCUUGAAAAAUGACUGAAACAAUUAAAUUGAUUAUCAAAACCGAUUUUCUUCAGAUGAAAUAAGGAAUUAAUGGUGGCACCUCUAAGUAACAACCUGAGCUUGUUUCCAACCAAUCUGACCAAGAAGUGCAUGUAUUGUGUUGAUAAGUUGUGUACCAUCACUGGAUGAGCAUACAAGUUAUUGUUAUUAUCAUUAUAUAAUAAUAUUACUAUAUUAAUAUCAUAUAGUGACAUUUGUUUAUUUGUCUGUUUAAUAGUUUGCUGUAUUUUCAGUCGUUAUUAGAUCAAGUAGAAACUGUUUGUCUUGAUGUAUCGGCUUCUCCACUCACUUGUUCGUAUAAUUAAACUUUGAUUAUUCUUGCAGUCAUCAAAUGUUGUGUAGACUGCAUGUUAAAGCCAGCGUCAUGUAAUCUUAAGAGGUUGUGUUUUCUUGUUUACACUCGUUAUUAAAUCAUCACUCACUGCUGUGCAGAA